AGAGCAUCGCUAGGUCUCGUCUCGGGCACUCUCUAUCAGUGUCCUCUUUCAGAACAAAAAAAGAAAAAGACAGCGAGGUCUUUCGACAGUGAGACGGUACAGCUGUAUAGACGGAAUCACCGCCAGACAGUACAGGCGCUCAAAAUGGACGCAAAGAUAGCCAAGAUAAAGAACUACAGGGGCCUUUGCGUCGCUCCAUUCACACCUUUUGACACUAAAGGACACAUCAACAUCAAUAUCAUCGACAAAUAUGUUAGUCUUCUGCAGAAGCAGAGUGUCACUGGAGCAUUUGUUAAUGGGUCCACCGGCGAAGGACCUUCCCUAACCGUCGCAGAGAGGAAGAAGCUGACCGAAAGAUGGGUUGAAGCCUCCAAAGGAAAAUUGGACCUCGUUAUCGUACAUGUGACGGCAACAUCAAUAGUGGACACCCAAGAACUCGCUACUCAUGCUGAAAGCCUGAACGUGGAUGCUAUUUCCAUUCUACCACCGUUCUACUUCAGGUCCCCGUCCAAUGACCACCUGAUACGGUAUGUAGAAGAAGUCUCUAAAGCUGCUCCAAACACGCCGAUUAUCUACUACCAUAUUCCAGCAUUCACCUGCGUCAACGUGCGGAUGACUGAAUUCCUACCAGAGGCAAGGCGACGAGUGCCGGCAUUGUGUGGAGCCAAGUACUCAUGCAGUGAAUUGAGCGACUUAGCUGGGUUCUUGCGUGAAGACAAAGCUGACAUUAAAAUAUUCUUCGGAUUCGAAGAGAUGCUUCUUGCCGCUCUAUCUUUGGGUGUGACCGCUGCCAUUGGAGGGACGUUCACUUAUCAAGGACAUCUCGCAAAGAAAAUCAUCGAUUUGUACGAGAAGGGUGACAUGGCCGGAGCACGCCAUCACCAGGACAAGCUGAAGCAUGGCAUCGAUACACUCUGCAAUUAUGGUUUCUCCGUUGCUGCUCUAAAGGCAGCCGCCAACAAAGUCAGCGGGCUCAACUUCGGGGACACCCGAAUUCCCGUGUGUCCCUUGGCUGAUGACAAAGCGGAGAAGCUUGCUGAAGAGAUUCGAGCCCUGGAUAUACUCAUUUGAAGCCACUGCGAUGGCUAAAAGUCAGCUUUCUUUCCGUCGUUGAUAUUCGUCAAAGGAAAGUACGGAGUGCAAUUGUUAAAAUGUGACACGAGCCUCCGUUUUCGCAAGAAGUCAACGAAUAAAAUUUGUUUUCAUAA